AUAAUCGAGCUGCUGAUGAAUGUUGAACCAUGUUCAACGAAUGUCGCUCGACGAAUCGAUUUUUUUCUUAAGAAAAGUGCUAUGACUUCGUGCUCUUUGUAUGCAAUGUCAUUGUUGUGUAUCAUUAUCGGUGGUGUGCGCUCUUCAAAUUUUGUCAAACGACAUAUGAGCAAGAAACGACUAAUAGAGGCGUCAAUAUCAGUGGCCGAGGCGAAGAAAUUUCCCUUCAUGGCUUCUAUUGUGUUAUUCACGCUUUAUAUAUUUUUUAAGUAUGUAGGAGUCUUAUUAUUUACAGCAACGUUCAUUUCUACCUUUGAUAUCCUAUUUCAGGCCCGAUGGUCGGGAGUGGAUCAAACAUUUCAUACGAAUAGUAUUAUACUUUUUUAUUCUUACUUUUUAGGUUGUGUCGCCCUUGCUGCUUUACUGAAGCCGAUAUUUUCAAUUCUUCUUUCCUUGUUACCUAUUGGAAACCGUCGGCCUCGUCUGAACCUCCCGUACUUCCUAUCGCUACGACAAGGAGUGAGAGAAAUGGAUGAAGGAGACAUAAUGGACGCAAAUAAGAAAGAUUUUGAGUACUUGUUUAAACUGGAGAUAGAUACUCACGACAUAGUCGCCAUAUCAGUCUGUCUACUGGUCGGUGUUUCGCAUUUGUUUCGAAGGCAUUGGAUUACAAAUAAUAUCAUUGGGAUCGCAUUUUCUAUAUAUGGAAUCGAAAAUCUUCACUUGAGUAGCUUCAAGGCUGGAUCUCUACUUCUUGCUGGUCUCUUCAUCUAUGAUAUUUUUUGGGUGUUUGCAACUGAUGUGAUGACGUCGGUUGCCAAAGGCAUUGAUGCUCCUAUUCUUUUGCUGUUCCCACAAGAUAUUCUUAGACACGGAUGGCAAGAUGCCAAUAAGCAUAGUAUGUUAGGGCUUGGUGAUAUUGUCAUUCCGGGGAUAUUUAUUGCUUUGCUUAGAAGAUUUGAUCAUAGAAUUGGCGAAAAAGAUGUGAGAAAACAAGGAGGGCGGUAUUUUUUCUCUAUCACUGUGAUGGCAUAUGCACUUGGUCUUCUAAUCACCAUGCUUGUUAUGCAUCAUUUCAGAGCGGCCCAGCCAGCGCUGCUGUACUUAGUGCCGUGUUGUCUUCUGAUACCAUUAUCGGUGUCACUGUGUACUGGGGAAGCCAAGGUUUGUCUGUUUUCCGUAAAAAAAAUGCCAUAUCAAAAGCUUUUAGUUUAA